AUGUCUGCCUUUGAAGGCCCUCUAACACCGCCUUCACCUCCCGCAUCACCCGCACCCUUUCCCUUGCGGAAGAAGCCACGGCGAGAUGUGGUCAAAUACAGAAGAUCAACAUCACCGCCAUCCAUCUUCCUCAAUGUGCCCCAAAAGUCAGCUGCAGGCCUCCUCACGCCACCAGACACUCCGGUGAAGAGACAGCACACUACAGGCACAACAUCAACGACAGUUAUCGACUGCCCUAUUUCCAAGGCCAGCUUUCUGCUUGCCCAGGCCUCUCUGGCAACUCAGCUAUUCGGAGGCUCAUCAACGACUGAGUUCAAGUUCCCGCAUCUAGGGUCACACCAAACACUCCGUUUUGGUGCUGGCCUUGACGGGUGUUUUAAUCGCAUCAAGGGCUUCCUAGGAGGUCCAGAAACGCAGAAAAGCCGCAGUGUUACCUCGGAAUGCUCCGGUCAACGUCUGCCAGCGUCUCUAGAGGCAUGGGAGGUGGUUCACAGGAGUCUGCCUCGGUUACUCCGAGCGGGACGAGUGCGCCAAGCUGUCGACGCCCUGUCGGUAGGAGGGAGAGAUUUGUGGAAUGACUUGGAGCAGCGCCAUCUGGCUCGAGCGGCGCUGGUGCUGAGCGCGCUGGCCCACGCGUACAUGUUUGGAGAGGAGAAGGACUGCGAACGGUCAAAACUACCGCGGCAUGUCCUUGAUGCGUGGGAGAUGGUUUGCGCGGAGAUGGGAAGACCCAUUACUGGGCGGGUGCCCGCCGACGACGUGCUCAACAACGCCGUGGGCAACGGCUCGUUCAGCCUCAGAAGUACUUAUUUUGACCUUCCCGAGGAACGACUCUCAUCGGGACUGCAGGGAUCGAUGGAGGCCGUUUUUGCGCCUGCCCUCUCCACCAUGGCGCUCGCGCAGAGCAGUGUUCUGGCAGACCAGCCCGGCCAGGUCGCUCAUUGUCUGGAGAGUCUGGCGGCGCGUGUCGUAAAGUGCGCCCAGGUGCUCGAUGCUAUGACCCCGCGUGAUACGGCACAUUUUGAUCCCGUCAUUUGGAUCAAGACUUAUCCGGCCAUGGGCCGGGCGGUGACUUCCGGCGAGCUGGGAAACAGCGGCGUCGAUGUACCGCUGUUCCACGCGCUGGACAUCUUUAUCGGCCGCCGGGAUGUCAAGGGUGACUUGAGUGGGAUGCAGAACGACCGACGGGCCGCGCUGCCAGCCAACAUUCGCGUCUUCUUGGAUGCCCUUGGUGAUGAGGCCGGAAGUGUCAGGGAUUACGUCGCAGCUGCCCGUGACCGGCCACACCAUCUCCUCUCUGAAGAGGAGCAUUUGCAGUACCAGCGCCUUUCGGCGGCCUGGGACGGUCUUCUACAAAUGUACGUCUGGUUCCUCGAGCGGCAUCGCGUCAAAGCUGUUGGCAUCACGGGCGUGAGCCUGGGCACGGGACGACACUCGACGAGUAGCGGUGUCAAGAGCAGCGAUCAAGGCAACUGCGUGAGACCAGGAAAGCCAAAUGUACGACCCGAGGCUAUGCUAAGCAUGCAAAUGAAGAAGGGCAUGGCGUCUCGACUCGGCGGACGGCCGCUGUGGCAGGACGCGCAUGUGCAGUCCCGGAGCGUGUACCAGGGCAGCGUCGUGGUGGCCGUCAGGUUGGAUUCGAAGUUGCCGCUCCAACCGGGUGAUCGAGUGCAAGUCUGGCCACCGAGGAAGAGAAAGAAGUUGAACAGAACAUCUUCACAACAACGACGAUUGCGGGCCUUCUCCCCGGAAGAUGACGAUGUGUCGUCGGACAAGAGUGAUGAUGAUACGGCACCAAGCAAGAGUGAUAACGAAGCUGAGCCGAGAUUCUACUCUAUCGCCCGUGUGAUGCCAGACGUGGCUGAUGGGGCGACAGACUCGGGCCCGGGAAACGGAGGAGGGGGUAUGACCAUAACUCUGACAGUCGGUCAACAUUCGCCCGAGGGACUGGUCUCUUCAUUCCUCAGCAACGCCGCUCAAGGCACGCCUCUGCGCUUACGUCCCUGGCCCUCUCCGCGUUUUCGCCAACCACGAGAUCUGACUUUGCCACUGGUUCUGGUCGGUCAGAGCAGCGGUGUCGGCCCCUUGCUGGGCUUUCUGCACGACCGGGCAGCGUGGGCACAGCGGCUUAAUGACAGCCAACACGACGUCAGUGAGGUGGGUGAGGUGCUCCUCGUCGUCGCUGCCAGGACACUUCGUCAUGUCCCUUGUUCACUCGACAGCUUGGAGAAGUUGACCCAAGCUUUACCAUUGACCAUAGUCUUGGCUCUCAGCCAAGAGACACACCUCAUGAUCCGUGGUGGAACAUGGUCUCAGCUACCCGGUCCCAAGGGGAAACGGCGUGUCACGCGUCAUUUGGUCGAGUACCGAGACUUUGUUCAACGGCUCGUCAAGGAAAAGGACUGUCACGUUUUUGUCUGCGGCAGCUCCGACUUUGGGUCUUCAGUGAUGAACAGUCUUGGACUGGGCCGACCGCAACAGCAGAAACUGGAAGAAGAAGAACAACAGCAAGCACAAGAUGGGAAUACCGAGUCCUGCAAUCACAACCACACACAAUUACCUUCCCCUCCACCGCAUUGGAGCCAACUCCACCAAGAUCUCUUCACCACGGUGAAAAGAUCUUCCUCGUCCCCAACAGGGCCGAAGAACUCCAUUAUCAGCCCCUCAACCCUUGCAGCCCACAAUUCCAUCGACUCGUGCUGGACCGCCAUCGGAGGAACAGUCUAUGACAUGACGCCCUUCCUGUCCACGCACCCGGGCGGACCCAAAACGCUCCUUGAGUCGGCAGGCACCGUUGCCGACGAACGUUUUGCCGAGACGCAUGGUGGUCCACAUGCCCAGGAGAUCAGGGGAUAUCUCGAGAACUAUGCCAUUGGGCGUCUGUCCACCACCCUGGAUUCUGGCGAGAAGACGAGGACGGCUACAGCAAGCCUGAUGGAUUCCCUAGUAAGAAUGCAAAACGCACUCACCAACAACAUGGCCUUUGACGCAAGUCGUGGGCCGGUGCCCUUGUACGUGUAUGAGGAUGCCUUGUUGGUGUUUGCUGAUGGUCUAGAUGGCAUGGUAGACAUCCUGUCAGAUGUUGCCACAGACGAUUACUCCUCGGAGCUGGAAACGAUAGCAACCACGCAGGCGCGGUUGAAAGAGGCUUUCACAACCCUGAAAGAACGGUGCAAGAAAGACCUUUCCCACUCCCACUUAACACUGCUUGACGAGAGCGAGGUUCGGAUCCACAGGCUAUACAUGGAGCCUAGUAGGAAGGUGCAUGCAACUAUUGAUGCUUUCAAGGAGGACCUUGGCGAGAUUGGGACUCACACAUGUAACGAAGAAUGUGCCGAUGCACUGAAGCGUGGUUUUGAGAAGUUCUGCACUGAUUUAGCGGGUAUUGCCAUAGAUUUACUCGAUGUUACAUAUCCAUAG